AUGUCGGUCGCAAUCAAUCCUCUUGAGCUUGCCUUCCGCAGGCCCUUCACCUCGGAGGUCGCGCAGAUCCUCAAGAUUACGAAUCCCAAUAACCAGCCUGUGGCUUUCAAGGUGAAAACAACUGCGCCGAAGCAGUACUGCGUGCGCCCCAACUCGGGCCGCAUCGAGCCUGGCGCUACUGUCGACGUGUCAGUGCUUCUGCAGGCCAUGAAACAAGAGCCCCCGCUCGACGUGAAGUGCCGCGACAAGUUCCUGGUUCAGUCUUGCAUUAUUACCAGUGAUAAGGAGUUUAGCCCCGUUCAGCAGAUCUGGGAAACUGUCCAAAAGGCCGAUAUCCAGGAGAAGAAGAUCCGCGUGGCCUGGUUGCCGCCGAUUGAGGAGCUGCGUCCCUUCUCGACGCCCAGCCGGCGGGAUACUACCAACGGCACCGAAACCCCCGACAUCGCCGCCCCCGCCUACACUCCUGCGCCCCCCGCCUACGAAACCACCCUCGACGAGACGCCCUCCGUCCCCAUCAAACAAGAGCCUGUCGAGACGACCUCUUUCAUUUCCACCGUUCCCCCGGCACCUACACAACAAUCCGCCGCCAUCGACAGCAGCCAAGCGACAAUCGACGAGCUUCGGCAGCAGCUCUCGCAGGCGGAGGAGACGAUCGCGCAGCUCAAGAGGGAUAUGGAUAGUGGGCUCCGGCAGCGGAAGGUUGCCUUUUCUGCAGAGAAGGAGGAGAAGAGCGAGAAGGUGUCGCAGGCGGCUGCGGAGCUGGCGCAGGUGUCGAGGCGCGGGACGGAGGGCGUGCCUGUCCCGAUUGCGGCGUUGUUGUGUUUGGCCAGCUUUUUGUUGGCUUAUUUCCUUUUCUGA